AUGCAAAAUCAGAGCUUCGUCAAAGAGUUCGUACUUCUGGGGCUUUCUCAGAACCCAAACGUUGAGAAGAUACUAUUUGUUGUAUUUUUGUUCAUCUACCUGGCAACUCUUUGGGGCAACAUGAUGAUUGUGGUGACCAUUGUCUAUAGUCCUGCACUGCUGAGCUCUCCCAUGUACUUCUUCUUUGUAUUUUUGUCUUUAUUGGAUGCAUGCACUACUUCUGCUGUCACACCCAAGAUGAUUAUAGACUACUUCUAUGAGAGGAAGACCAUAUCCUUUGAAUGUUGCAUGACACAACUGUUUGCUCUCCACUUCUUCCCUGGAGCAGAAGUAAUUGUCCUGGCAGCCAUGGCCUAUGAUCGAUACGUGGCCAUUUGCAAGCCCUUGCACUACUCUUCCAUCAUGAACAGGAGGCUCUGUGGCACUCUGGUGGGAGUGGCCUGGGCAGGGGGCUUUUUGCAUGCCAUCAUACAAAUUAUUUUUAUUUUGCAGCUGCCGUUCUGUGGACCCAGUAUCAUUGAUCAUUUUGUAUGUGACUUGUUCCCAUUAUUGAAGCUUGCCUGCACUGACACACAAAUUUUUGUCAUUGUGGUGUUUGCCAACAGUGGGUCUAUCUGCAUCAUUAUCUUCUCCUUGUUGCUUGUCUCCUAUGGUGUCAUCUUGUACACUUUGAGAGCACACAGCUCUGAAGGAAGACUUAAAGCUCUGUCUACCUGUGGAUCGCACAUUACUGUGAUGCUUUUGUUUUUUGUCCCAUGUUUAUUAAUAUAUGCCCGACCUACAUCUCCAUUAUCUUUUGAGAAAGAUGUGUUUGUAUUUGAUGACAUAUUGACACCAUUGCUCAAUCCUAUGGUUUAUACUUUCCGGAAUAAAGAAAUGAAAAAUUCUAUCAGGAAAAUGUGGAGAAGGUUGAGAGUAUUUGAUCAAUAUUAA